AGAGACGACGUGUAAGCAGAAGUGAGUACGUCCGCUCUGGACGGAGGGUGAGCCUGGUGAGGAAGCUAUAUGACCAAUUCCAGGGGCUGGAAAGCUUGACCUAUGAGACGGAAAUCAAGAGUCACUCCCAGUUGCAGCCGAUCAGUUCCGGAACACCCUCUACAACAACGGUACUUCGAUCCUGAAUCAAACUUGAGCGUUGCGCUCCCGUGUUUGUUCACUUGCCUUGCAAGGUCCCAGCACGAAUUAGUGUCAAAGUAUGCGGUCAUCUCGCAAUCCCGCAGACGACAUAUGCAAAGCAGCUUGGUGUCGGCAACCAGAAACUUACAACAGCUGUACCACAAGUAGCGACGGAAAGUGUGGCAUUUUGUUGGAGCCGGUGAGA